GUCUCUGUGUUUGUCUCGGCUCUCUCAUGCAGGAGGGAGGUCGUAUCAUUGCUUAACCAUUAAGCCACUGUGCCCGCCCGGCCCUCUUGAGCUGUUUAUAAUCUCUGACCACUGAAUUUAACAGCAUAUGUGAUAAAGAGACAGACAUCGAAGCGUUCAUUCAGCCGUAGAGAUGUUAACCAGAAUCCUUCCCCUGAUAUUCCUGCCUUCUGUGCUGACGCAGGAUCUCUGUAAAGAUGGCAAAGAUGGGAAUAAAGUCAGAAUAAGCCUUAAAACAGGUCUUGGAGGUGAAGCUUACGAGUGGAACGAGAGCGAGAUGUUUCUCUUUAGAUCUUCGCUAGCAUUUGCAAUGAAGAAACAAACCGGUGAUGACACAUUUGACAUUUCCAACAUACUGGUGUGCAAUGAGACCCGACGCGUGUCAUUCAUAUUUGUGGUGACAUCACCGACCAACACAUCCCAACUGAUUCCCAAAGCAGAGGUGCAGGCUGCCGUGAGAAACAGUAAACAUCGGAUCAACAGUGCGUUCCUGCUAUCAGACAUGACUCUAGAAUUCGUGGGAAUUCCACCAACGCUUGCCACCCCGAUCAAAUACGACACUCCCCCGUGGCUCAUCGUGUUCGGGGUCGUGAUGGGCGCUGUGGCCGUGGGGAUUUUAGCUUUGCUGAUGUCCACGGUGACCAAAGGGAGACGAGCUAAAGCUAAAGCUGUUGAUUCAGCGGAGGAGGGAGAAGGAAGAGAAGGGAGAGUCAAAGAGAACGGGACAUCACUUACACACCUGGAGUUAAAAGAUGGUGUCUAUAAUGAAGCAUUCAGCAGCGAUGAUGAGCGCUUAACACAGCUUUAGAUCCACACGAGAGGACCCAACACCUUUAACGCCAUUUAAAGUCCCUCAAUGGGGAAAACUCUUUCUGCUAUAUGGCAAAAAAAAGAAAA